AUGCUCGGAGUGGCGUGUGCGUCCUUCGCGACUGAAAAUGGCGAGCGGAGGACAUGGCAAGAGAAGCUAUGGACGAUCCUGUGCUCGGAAUCAACGUACCUGGUGUGGAAGCUUCGCUGCGAGCGCGUAAUCAAGAACGAGGGAAUCCAAUUCACGGCACAGGAAGUGAAGCAGAGAUGGUAUGCAACGAUUAAUAGAAGACUGACGCUUGAUAGAAAUGUAGCAAAAGUGAGUAAAGUGAAAAGGAAGGAGAAGAUAAGGAAAGUACAGAAUACCUGGUGCUCGGUCCUGGCGGACGUGAACAUGCUGCCGGUGAACUGGGUUGUUAAUAGCGAGGUUUUAGUGGGUAUUAGGUAG